UGUUUGAUGUCGCAGCAAUCUAAUUAAUUUAAAUAUUCGUUGCAAAAAUUAGUUUUUUCGGUUGUAGCAGUUUAAUUUUUAUCAGAGUUCUGGAACAAUUUAAAUAAUACAUUGUAAAAUGUACGCAAUUAACUUUCCUGAGGAAAUUUGCACGAUAGAUUCUACGUGCAUAAUCUGUUUGGAUGCAGUGAAAUAUCCGGUUUUGUGUCCCGGGUGCAAACAAAGCACAUGUUUCGAUUGCAUCCAAAAAUGGAUAACCCAAACAGACAGUUGUCCGAAAUGUCGGAGGAAAUCUCGAAUCGACGAGUACAUUAUCCAAAAGGAGCGUUACAGCUGCGCUAAGGAUGGUUGGAUCGCGGAUUAUUAUUGCGAACAAUGUAACGAAUUGUGCUGUAGAAAUUGUUUGGGAAAAAACGGUCCUCAUUAUCGUCACCGAGCCCGAAUGUUUGACUUGCUGAUGCAAGAAAUCAAGGAGAACGUAGAGGCCUUGAACAACGUUGAAAAUGCCACUGAUGCAUUAAGCAAAAUUAGAGCUUUGGUUCCAAGGGGCGAUCCCCAUGAAUUCGUUCGUCAACGAAUUCCGGUUGAGAGAGAAUUAGCAAAGUUUUUGCCUGCUAUCGGAAGGGGAUGGCCCCAACCGGCCUACAACGUUCCCGGCUUAGAGUACUCUGAAUUUCGAUUCUACGUAAAACAGAGUGAUCAACAAGUUUUUCUAAACAAUGAUGUCUACGGUAAUCAAUGGAAAGUAAUCGUAUAUCGAAGAGGUUAUAGCGAUGCUCAGGGGAAAUUUUUAAGUUUGUACCUAGAACUGGUACGUGGUACGCCCGCACGUUAUGAAUAUAUGUUCCAAUUCUAUGGUAAUGGUAACUACGAACCAAUAAGCAAGUACUUCGCUGUGGAUGACCUAGCUGUCGGAACUCAAACUAAAGGCUGUCAACGUUUGAUUUCAAUAACGGAAGCAAAUGAAAAAUUUGGCAGUGGUUCAGAUUGGCUUAUUGCAUGCGGAGUUCGUCUCACGGAUCUCAUGUAUGGAUUGAAGUGUGCGGCUGCGCUUUCCGUGAACAUAAAAAAAAAGUUAGAUUACAAGAACUUUUCCUUUACAUUACAUAGUUACUCAGUGUUGCAACGUCGUGAUAAAAUUAUUUUUUCGGAACCUGCAUAUGACCAACAAAAUAUUGCCUGGCGUUUGCGUAUUGACACGAAUGGGCACGAAGAACAAGGACAACAUCUAAGCGCCUAUUUGGUUUUGUUAAAUGGAACACCCGGAUGGUAUGAGUUCUACAUUAAACUGAUUCACCCUACUCGUUCAGAUGAGUCGAUUCGAAAAGAGUUUUGCCAUUUCUUUGAAUUCCACUCCAGUUGGGGUGUUUCGCAGUUCGUCGAUCAAAUCGGUUUGCAACAUUUUUUAAUCAAUGACCAACUAAAGUUCGAAUACGGUAUGCGCCCGGCAAGAUCGGAGCAAGAACGUUUCUGGUAAAACGUUAUCACUUCAAUCAUACUAAGUCUGAAUUGCUUCUAUUUCUAAUGUAACAUAUGUUCUUCUCAUAAAUGAAUAAAUUUAAAUGACAUUUACCUGGGCAGUUCGAAAUAUGUUCCUCCGUAAGCACUGUACUUGUAGUGGAUCAAAUGAUUGGCCGUUUCGUACGUAUGCAGUGCUUGGCGGGUCAACAAAUGGCCUUGUGGAUUCAAGGUCGGCGAAGAAGGUUUGCUGUUGUUUUCGG